AUAUGGCGGACGAUCUUAGAGAACAACACUGACUCCGUUGGUUGGUAAAAUAAAAACAUGUCUAGUUCUUUAGUUUUACGUCGCAUGUAAGCAGCUGAACCAUGGCUUCCAAGUUAAAGAAGAUAGCUUGCGAUGUGAGCAUCGAUGACCCAAUAAGCUCAACCUCCGGUAGCGAUAAUGAUCUAGGUAGCGAAGAUAUUGAUCUGCAAUUCAGUGGAAGAUUGUCGUUUCGGAGUUCCGCCCUUGUCCGUGCAGCAGAUGGGGAGGCUGACAGUGAUUUGUCCGCCGAUGAUGAGGAUAGUGACUCGGUAGCUGAGUACAGGCGCGGACCCGCUUGUGGUGAUGCUGCCCGUAAAGAGAGAACAGGCAGCGUUCACAGUCUUCAAGUUGGCUCCAUGGCUAACAAGUUCAUCCCUGGAAGGACAGUUUUUGAAGUUGUUUCUGCCAAAACAAUGAAAGAUGGAAGCAAGAAAUUUGUUCUUUACACAGUCGCUGUACUAAGAACGAUUAAAAGUGACACAUCACAGGCUACUGUAGAGAGGAGAUACUCUGAUUUCCACAAGCUGAAUUGCGAACUCCGAAAGGGAUUCCCACAGAUCAUGGACAGCAUUGAAUUUCCUCGCAAGACCCUCACAGGAAACUUCAAGCACGAUUUUAUCGCAGAGCGAAGCCGCGCCUUUGAGGUCUUCCUGGCGACUGUCUACAAGUACGAGGAGAUCCGACUGUCUGAGGAGUUCCAGGAUUUCUUUUAUAAUCACGAUCUGAGGAUUGCUUACCGGUACAUGUCACAAGGAGACUACCAAGAGGCUAUCCCGUAUCUUCAGAACACUCUUCAUCUUCAGGAGAAGAUGCUCGGCCUGAAGCACCCAGACACGGCACGGACUCAGUGUGCGCUCAUUGUUGCGUAUACCUCCCUCGAAGGAGGAGAGGCACAUGUCCACGGUUACGCCGAGUCCGCUUGGGAAAGCAUCGGUAGGGACGAGACUAAUCCUUUUAUCAUCCCACUUUUGCAGAUCUUAAUCGGCUGCCGGUGGCGUCUCCAACAAGACAAGAGAGAUUUGGAGAAUCGGCUAUCGCGAUAUGUCAAACAGGGUAUGACCGGGCCCAUUGAUAUGCCAACUCUAGAGGACCUCGUCAUGCAGUGUCUUUCACACCUGUAGAUGAUGGGUUCUUAAAGGAUUAUUGCAGAACUGUUUUUUGCUAAUAAAACAGUUGCUGGCAGUGUAAGCACUUUGCGUAUUCCACCAUAAUACAUUUAAACUGACAAACCUGUAGUAGUUUGAGAUUCGAUCGGCCAUCUGAGUCACAAGAAAAUAGUAUU